CGAUGGCUCUAGGAGAGAGCGUGGGGAGAGAGCGUUCUGGAAGGGGCACACCCCUGGGCAGGGGAGGAUAAAACCCGCUGCUCCCCGGACCGGGCCAGCACCGAGAGGAGCCGCAAUACGAAACUGGAGCACACAGAGAGAACAGAGAUGUUUUGCCGCUCGCACUUCAUGACACCUCUGUCCAGCUCGCUAUUCCCUUGGCUGGGACCCGUCCGCACCCUCUGGCCACAUCCAGGCACCCUAUUCGCCGAGCUGGAGCGAGAGCUGCGGCUGGAGAUGGAACGGGCACGGGAGUUCAUGAGCAGCUUCGAGCAGUUCCUGAGCAGCGGGAGCAGCCCCAGCCGGCUCGGCAUCACCGCCGGAUCCCGAACCCCCAGCGCAUCCCUGAGCUCCAACUCCGGGGAGGGCUUCUCCGUCUGCCAGGACGUGAAGGACUUUGCUCCGGAGCAGCUGUCGGUGAAGGUGGUGGGCAGGAAAGUGGUGCUGGUGGGGCAGAAGGAGACGCAGAGCACGGAUGAGAAGGGCUCCUUCUCUUACAAGUACGAGGUGCUGAAGCGGGAGUGGGACGUGCCCGAGGACGUGGACGCCGAGGCGCUGACCUGCUCCCUGUCCAAGGAGGGGCAGCUCCGCAUCGAGGCCCCCCGGCUGGCCCUGCCCGCCGCCCCGGAGAGGAACGUCCCUAUCCAGAUGGGUCCGGCGGCGGCAGAGGCGACAACCAGCACCGAAGACGGAGCCGAGCGGGCGAAGGCGUGACGGGGUGGGCAGCGGGACCGGGCUGAGCCCGGCGGCGUGGGCAGCUACGGGGGCAGAGCGGGAACCGCACCGGGGACCGGCCCGGCGGGGAGU